AUGGACCUCAAGUCCACCGCCCUCAUGAAGCUCACCUACCUCGAGAUGUUCGGCCACGAUAUGUCCUGGGCCUCCUUCAACGUCCUCGAAGUCAUGUCCUCGCCCAAGUGGAGACACAAACGGACCGGCUACCUUGCCGCCGUGCAGAGCUACCGACGAGAUACUGAUGUGCUGUUGCUGGCAGAAAACCAGCUCAAGAAGGACAUCUCGAGCCCCACCCCGCCCGUCAUCUCCCUGCCCUUGGUGGCCAUACCCCACGUUAUCAACCCGAGCAUGGCCAGCUCCGUUCUUUCUGACCUAUUACCCCGCUUGACCCACUCGCAUGCGUCAAUAAGAAAGAAGACGGUUGUCACGCUGUAUAGACUAGCUCUAGUGUACCCGGAAACACUGCGGCCUGCAUGGCCCAAGAUCAAGGAGAGGCUGCAGGAUGACAGUGAAGAUCCGACCGUUACAGCCGCCAUUGUAAAUGUAAUAUGCGAGCUGGGAUGGCGGAGACCACAGGACUUUCUACCGCUCGCCCCGCGACUAUUCGAUUUGCUUGUCGGGGGCGGAAAUAAUUGGAUGGCUAUCAAGCUCAUCAAGCUCUUUGCGACGCUCACUCCACUGGAACCAAGACUAAUCAAGAAACUGCUACCUCCGCUCACCAAAAUAAUCCGAGAAACUCCCGCCAUGUCCUUGCUCUACGAGUGCAUUAGCGGCAUUAUCCAGGGAGGCAUCCUUGAAGCCGUAGAGGGUACGACGGAAGGUGAGGAGGUUGCAAGACUGUGCGUUGGGAAGCUCAGAGGCAUGAUGGCCAUUGAGGGUGAUGCGAACUUAAAAUAUGUUGCGUUGUUAGCAUUUGACAAGAUCGUCCAAUCACACCCGUAUCUGGUAUCGCAACAGCAGGAUGUGAUCCUCGAGUGCAUCGACGACCCUGACAUCUCAAUAAGAAUGCGCGCUUUGGACCUUGUAGUUGGCAUGGUCAACAGCGACAACCUCACAGCCAUCGUUGGACGUCUUAUGCGACAACUUCGCAACGCUCCCAUCGCAACGUCCGCCGACAAUCCGGCAAACGAUCGCGCCCGAGCAACCGGCGUCACCCCGUAUGCAGAAUCGGAUGACUCGGACGCCGAAGAAUCUCUGCGACAGCAUGAACAACGGUCAGACCAACCCCCACCCCUUCCAGAGGAUUAUCGCGUAAACGUCAUCCGAAGAAUCUUGGACAUGUGCUCGCGCGACACAUACUCCAAUAUCACUGAUUUCGAGUGGUACAUUGAUGUCCUCGUACAACUGGUCCGCGUAUCGCCUGCUACAAGUUCUUCUGCCGUAGAAGAACAGGGAAAUCUUGAUCAAGCAGAUGACAUAGGUCGUGGUAUCGGGCGUGAACUACAGAAUGUAGCUAUACGCGUCAAGAGCGUACGGCCAGAAGCAGUAGACGCAGCGCAGUCUCUAAUAUUUGUCGACCUUCGCGACCAAAUGUUCCCAUCUUCCGGCAAUGGCGGACAAGGCGUACUUGAAUACGCCGGCUGGCUAGUCGGAGAGUUUGCCUCGUAUCUGACCAAGCCUGAGCCUGUCCUGUCGUCUCUUUUACAUCCGACCUCAUUGCAGCUUCCCUCGAAAACGCUUGCAGUCUACCUGCAAGCUUUUCCUAAAGUGUUCACUAGCCUAGCGAGCAACGAGCAGAUAUCAUGGACUCCGGAACGAAAGACCUUGAUGUCUCUCCUCAUGGCUCGGAUCAUACAUUUCCUAGAGCCGCUAUCUACCCAUCCGAAUCUGGAGGUUCAAGAACGUGCAGUUGAAUAUCUCGAAUUGAUGCGCCUCGCGUCCGAGGCCGCUUCAGGGACGGAGACUGGCGUAGAGCACGGCGAAUUCACCGAACCUCCUCUCCUGCUCACUCAGGCCAUGCCUGCUCUGUUUUCAGGAGCCGAACUUAACCCCGUCGCCCCAGGCGCCCAGCGUAAAGUGCCCAUGCCUGAUGAUCUAGACCUUGACACGCCGAUCAACCCUAAUCUGCAAUACCUUUUAUCACAAGCAGAACUAGAAGGCUUCGAAGCAGAUGAAGACGAUGUGUACGCGGCGUACACAGAGCCACCGGUAUCAUAUACCGAAGCGCAAACCCCGGCGGCGAUUUCUGCUUCGGAGCGUCUUGAUGCAACACACAAGGAGCCAGCGUCCUACCAGAACGCCACUGAAGAUGAAUAUUUGGAUCCUGACAUCAUUGCUCGACGAAAGGCAGAGCGCAAAGAACGCUACAAGGACGACCCAUUCUAUAUUGAUCCUGAAGGCGACAGAGGCAGCGGGGCAGCUACCCCGCUUGGCAGGAUCGUUCGAGAAAACAACACAGAGCUCGACAUUGAUUCAAUACCCAUCAUGGAUCUCGAGCUUGAGAAACGCGGACCCUCACCUGGCGGAGAAGACAUUGCACGAGCGCGGAGUCCCCGUCGUGCGCCUCGUCGGGUUGAAAUCAUGGGCGAUGAGACGCUCGGUUCCAGCGACGCGCCUUCUGAUGCAUCUCGGGAAGAUGUCAUUUCCCCGCGCUUUGCAUCAGCCCAAGCCAGGGGAAAGAAGAGUCUUUUGGAAGUGGACUCUUCCGGGCUCGGGUCACUAUCUUUGGAUGACGAUGAUAGCCCUGGCAGAAAGCUCACGCGCUACGAGCUGGAGCGCAAGGAGCAGGAGGAAGCCGAAAUGAAACGAGCGCUUGCAGAGGUGGAACGCCUGAGGCUGGAGAUGCAACGUGCCAGUGAACGAUUAGAGGUCAAGGGAGAGACGGUAGUGAAGAAGAAAAAGAAGAAGGUUAGGAAGGCUGAGGUGGAAGGUGCAUUGACGCAAGAGUAUGCCGGCGAUGCUGGGGGAGCCAACGGAGACGGAGAGGGUGAAGUUGCCCCGGUCAAGAAGAAGAAAAAGAAGGUCAAGACCGAAGGCGGCGAUGUUGCGGAGGAAGGCAAAGAGGCUGAAGGCGUCGUGAAAAAGAAGAAAAAGAAGCGGAGAGUGGUCAGUAUCGAUGAAGGGGCGGCACCAGUAGACGCUGAGGAGUAG